GCCAGUAUUUUUAGGGGACAGCAGCAGCUGCAAAAGCAUUUAACGGUAUUCCAUGAACAAUGACACUUGGGGUGUCUAAGGCCUGAACGACACAGAGAUUGGGGGACCACUCUGAAGCUGGUGUGGAUAGUCAAGUUCUGUUUUCUCUUCCUCAUACGGGACAGACAGACAGACAGAAACAUGUACUGGAGUGGAACUUGGGACCUUUGAGGAGAGCAUGUGUCUGAAUCUGAAGUCAACUUGGGACAUUACUCAGCCUUCAGGAGACGGGUGGCAUUGCUUCUCAACUCGAAGAGAGAUUGCAAGUGCGGAAUGUAUGUUGACGGUCGUUCCUGGCGACUGAAGCGAGAAAUUUGCUGUGCAGAAGCUGGUCCAUCUUAUCGCAGUGAAUAACCACCACCUCUUGCUCUCCUGGACUGCUUAAGGUGAAGUGAAGGUAACAAAGAAGCAGUAAUGGAUGUGUUUGGUGGUGCACCACGUUUCUUGGCCUAUCCAAGACCUGUGGUUGUACAAAGUGGGACUGAUGCAGUCCUGAAGUGUCAAAUUGGUGGCGAUCCAAGGCCUGCAGUUAUCUGGGAGCGAAACAAUGAAAAGAUUGACCCACAAGGACGAUAUAGGGUCUUUGAGGAUGGAAAUGUUUACAAUCUCAUCAUUUCAGCUGUGACCACAGAGGACAGUGGCCAAUACAUAUGCAAAGCAAAGAACAGCAUUGGGGAAACAUAUGCAGCGGCCACACUGAAGGUGGAAGGCGAGGCACAAGAGAUGGAGCUAAGAGAGGAAAAUAAGCCAAGAUUCCUCAUUAAGCCCCUCUCCACUCGCGCAGGCCGUGGGGAAGAUGCUGUCUUCUCUUGUAAGCUCUGGGGAAACCCACGACCAGAGGUUGUCUGGGAAAAGGAUGGCAGGAAACUCAAUGAAAUAUUUGAAAGCACACAUUUCAGUGUGGGCUAUCAGGACGGUGGAUGGUUUCAGCUCAAGAUCUUUAAGACUCGCGCACCAGAUGGUGGUGUAUAUACAUGCAAAGCCAGGAAUGAGUUUGGGGAAGCAUUGGCAGGAGCUGUGUUGCUCGUUGAUGCCGGCCCAGGACAUGAGGACGAGGGAAAUCGUAAUGGCUACACAAAUGGCCACUGGAAAGCCCAUCAGGGCAAACAGAGGAGUGGUAGGCAAGUGCCAAACCGACUCAAAGACGACACCAUGACCAAGUCAACUAAAGUAAAGAUGUUUGCAGUGACAGAGGGCAAACAUGCCAAAUUCCGCUGCUUUGUGACUGGUAAACCCAAACCAGAAAUAAUUUGGAGGAAAGACGGCAGACUGAUACUGUCAGGGAGGCGUUAUUUGUUAUAUGAGGACAGAGAAGGAUACUUCACACUUAAAGUUCUGUAUUGUAAACAGAAGGAUAACGGAGUUUAUGUUUGUGCUGCAUCAAAUACUGCAGGGCAAACCCUCAGCGCUGUGCACCUCUCCGUAAAGGAGCCGCCUGUGCGGUUCAAGCAGCCUCUCAUUGAUCUAGAAGUAUGGGAACGAGAUUUGGCUGUUCUCGAGUGUGAAGUUCCAGAAGACUCUGUUCCCAUCACAUGGUAUCUGGAGGAUAGACGACUGCAGCCAGGGGCCAAAUAUGGAAUGGAGGAAUGGGGAACAAAAAGGCGACUAACUAUCCGAGACAUCGGAGUUGAUGAUGAUGGGAUUUACCUCUGUGAGAUGCCCGAUGGGGGGAGGAGCAUCGCAGAGGUAGCCGUAAAAGGUACAAUUUUGCGGAAGCUUCCAAGAAAAGUGGAUGUCUUGGAGGGCGAAAAUGCUGCCUUUUGUGUUGAGGUGGAAAAAGAAGAAAUGGACAUACACUGGUACAAAGAUGGCACAGAGCUGCGUGAAACCCAUCAGACCAUCCUUAAGUCCUUUGGUCGAACUCACAUUCUGGUUUUCGUCAACACAAUGCCUCAAGACUCUGGCCUUGUGACUUUCCUUGUAGGCAGAUCCAAGACUUCCUCUCAGCUAAGAGUGAAAGCGGCCAGACAUUGUCCUCCCAGUUGUCCAGUGGGUGUGCAGAUCAACACAGAGCGUGCAAAUGCUGCGCUUCUGUCAUGGGUUCCUGCUCAGGACUCACGAAAGAACCCUCCCUCUGGAUAUGUGCUUGAACGACAGGAAGUGGGCACUGGCUCACAGGAGUGGCUGCAGUGCCUGACUACUGACUCUGCAACCUCUGUAGAGAUCCUUGGUGACAGUGUACCUUGUGAGGCUGAUUAUCGAUUUCGAAUUUGCAGUGUAAACAAAUAUGGAAAGAGCAACAAUGUCGAGUUCCCCAGAGCUGUUCACCUGGUCCCAGUGGCCAGAAUACAAGCUCCAUUACAGGAUGCCUUGGUGCCUGAGGGACAAGAUGCCAUCUUCUCUAUUGAGCUCUCUGCUUCAGUUAUUGGCACAUGGUUCUUAAAUGGAACUCAACUUCAAGAGGAUGAACGUUUUUCCAUGCGUCGGUCACGAACACACCAAUCUCUCCGCAUUCGAGGUGUACGCGAUACAGAUAAUGGAGCUGAGAUAACAUUUAUUGCCUAUGGCAUCCGGGAUUCUGCAGCACUGUACAUUCAAGCUCCUCUUGUCAAGUUUUCACCACUGUCAGAAAUGGAUCGAAACAAAUUUGUAGAAAUUGGGAACCCCAUUGUGCUCUAUUGUGAGCUGUCAGACCCUGCAGCUCCAGUGCACUGGUACAAGAAUGGUGCGGAAUUACAAACAAUGGAGGGUCUUCAUAUCCAAUCAGAGGGCACCAUGAGAAGAAUUGUUAUCCAAUCAGCAGAGUUCUCACAUUCAGGAGUGUAUUGCUGUGAUGCCAUUGAUGACGUCAUCAGGUUCAAUGUGGAAGUAGAGGCACCACCGGUAACAUUUGCUGAUAUCCCAGAGGAGGACCUUUUCAAGAGUGUUGUGGAAAAAGAACAGCUUGUUCUAUCAUGCGAAGUAUCAAGGACUGAUGGUGUUGUCCAGUGGUACAAAGAUGGAACUGAAAUGCAACCGAGCAAUAAUGUUACAAUUGAAGCAGAGGGCACCAAAAGAAAUCUGACAAUACAUUCAGCCCAACUGUCAGACACAGGCACAUACACAUGCCGUGCAGGAGACAACGUUUUAAUUUUCAAGGUUACCAUACGAGAACCUCCGGUGAUGAUAAUCUACCCUAAGGAAGACGUCCACCUUGACCGCCAUGUCCCUGACGAAAUUAUUCUGAGCUGUGAAUUGUCUCGUCCCAACGGUGUUGUCAGCUGGUACAAAGAUGGCCAAAAGCUGCAAGAGAGUGAGAACAUCAAGCUCAAGAUCGAAGGCCCUUAUCGAAGACUGAAGAUUCUUUCAAGUGGAGUUGAAGAUUCUGGAGAAUACGUCUGUGAUACAGCAGAUGAUUCAAUCUUCUUUCACCUUAGUAUUACAGAACCUCCAGUGCGAAUUGUAUCCCCAAGUCAGUCACAAAUGGAGCUCUGCCAGCAAACUUCUGAGAGGAUGGUACUGAGCUGUGAAAUUUCACGGCCCAAUGCAGUAGUACGCUGGUAUCGAGACGGACUUGAAGUGGAAGAGAAUGACAACCUUAUUCUAGAGGUGGACGGUGUCUACAGAAGACUUAUCAUACCUGAAACUACAGUCAAAGAUUCCGCAGAAUAUGUAUGUGACACAGCAGAUGAUUCCAUGACGUUCUUUGUAAACAUAGCAGAGCCUCCUGUUCGCUUCAUACGUCCAAGGAAGAUGGCAAGCAGAGUAGAGAAAAUGGCUGGGGAGACUCUGGUUUUAGAUUGUGAAGUUUCAAGAUCAAAUGCUGAGGUCACCUGGAAGAAAAAUGGGGAAGAAGUAGAAGACUCCAGAAAUAUCACCAUCCUUGAAGAUGGUGUUAUGCGUCAAUUAACCAUUCACUCUCUAACAGUGGAAGAUGCUGGGCAGUAUGUCUGUGAUGCAAAGGACGAUGUGAUGGAUUUCCAUGUAAAAGUGCAAGAGUUGCCAGUAAAAAUUCUUGGAAAAACCGAAUGCAAAAACGAAAAGCAGUUCUUGGUGUCAGACGACAUUAUUCUUGUGUGUGAACUCUCAAGAUCCAAUGUCUCAGUCAGCUGGUACAAAGAUAAUCAGCUGAUUACUGACACUGAGAGAUACUGUAGUGAGGAACAAGGCGUCUUCCGGUCACUGGUUGUCUUAAAUGCUGGACUCGAAGAUUCUGGAGAGUAUACCUGUGAUGCAGUGGAUGAUAAGAUGGUCUUCCAUAUCACUGUCAAAGAGCCUCCAGUGCAGAUCAUUGGAAACUCGGGGCACCCAGAGCAUCAUAUCCUGGUAGCAGGAGAUGACCUUAUUUUGGAGUGUGAAGUGUCUCGGCCAAAUGCCACCGUUCAGUGGUUAUGGAAUGCGACGAUACUGAAACCAGAUACACGUAUAAAAAUUGACAGCUAUGACGUGGUGAGAAAGCUUGUUCUCUCUGGACUUCAGCCCUCAGACUCUGGAAAAUACAUUUGUGAUGCCAUCGAUGACAAAUUGAUAACAAUUGUUGAGGUGCAAGAGCCACCAGCCAAGUUUGUGAACAAAAAAGACAAUACUAACAUCUCAGCCUAUGAAAGCGAGAGUGUCACACUGUGUGCCAUUGUGAGCAAUGAAAGAGCUAAUGUUCGGUGGCUGAAAGAUGGCCAACUAUUGAACGAGGACAACAUUCACAUUUCCAGUGAGGGUAAUACCCACAAGCUCACCAUUAAUCCCCUGCAGCUGUCAGAUUCUGGAGAAUAUGUCUGUGACGUAAACACAGAUGAGAUGUAUUUCAGUCUUUUAGUCAAAGAAAUGAAGGUGAAAUUUAUCAGACCAUUGGAGAAUAUUGUGUCUCUGAAGGGCAGCAGCCUUACCCUGCGAUGUGAAAUCAACAAGCCCAAAGGAGAUGUGCAGUGGCUAAAGGAUGGCCAGGAGAUCUCUCCAAGCCGUCGGCACACGAUACGGGCACAAGGCCGAGAGCGAAGCUUCACCAUCCACCAAAUUGUAGAUGAAGAUGCUGGAGAAUAUGCCUGUGAAUCCACAGAUGACAGGACUUCAGCUACUGUCAGUGUAGAAACUCCCCGUGUUGUUGAGUUCAUAGCGGAGCUUCGUAGCAUCACAGUCCGUGAAGGAGAAGAUGCAGUGUUUAAGUGUGUGGUUUCACCAGAGGACACUCAGUUGGUGUGGCGCUUAAAUGGCAAGCCAAUAGCUCUGAAUGAGCGGACUGUCGUUUCAAGCAAUGGACUAUGCCACAUGCUCUGCAUCCACAACUGCAUGGUUUCAGAUAGCAGCAGAGUGACAGCUGAUGCAGAGGGGUUGAUAUCGGAGGCAGAACUCCAGGUUCAAGAGCAACAGGUGCUGUUCACUCAGAAAAUGAUGCCAGUUGUUGCUGAAGAGUACAGUGAGGCAAUGCUAGAGGUGGAGGUGAGUCUGGAUUCAGGAGAGGUGCAGUGGAUGAGGCAAGGGGUGCUGAUCCACCCUGGAGCCAAAUAUACCUUGAUACACAAGGGCCGAAAACACAGUCUCACCAUACACAAGCUGGCCAUGUCUGACCGGGGCACCUACAGCUGUGAAACCCUCCAUGACCGCACGCAAGCCCAGCUAACAGUGGAACCUCGAAGAAUCACAAUCAAGAGGGGACUGACGGACAUUAAAACCACAGAGAGAGAAACAGCUUCGUUUGAGGUGGAGCUUUCACAUCCCAAUGUCCCAGGCACUUGGACGAGAAAUGGAAUCCAGCUUAAGCCGACAAAUCACUUCCGUAUGAGUGCCAAAGGACAAGUCCACAGCCUCACUAUCUCUAACCUAUCAGUAGAAGACACUGGUUCCUUUAUGUUCUCUGUAGAGAAUCUGAAGACAUCUGCAAGACUUGUUGUGAGGGAGCCCCCGGUGACCAUUUUCAGAAAACUGGAAGACCGGAAAUUCUCUGAAGGAGCAGUGAUCUCUCUUGAGUGUGAACUGUCAAGACACAACAUCGAUGUAAAAUGGAUUAAGAAUGGGGUUGAGGUGAAGCCAAGCAAGGACUUGCGCAUUUAUGCAAUGGGAAGAAAACGUUUUCUUCAGAUCAUGAAAUGUCAAGUCAGUGACUCUGGCAUGUAUACCUGCGAUGCUGGAGACGCUAUUACAUCCUGCACUGUGGAGGUCUACGAGCGGGAGCUGUUGGUCCUGCAGGGCCUCGAGGAUCUGGACAUCCAGGAGGAUCAGAACGCUGUGUUUGUCUGUGAGAUCUCAGUGGAGGAUGUGCCAGGAGAAUGGUACAAAAAUGGGGAGAGGAUACAACCCACCAGCACCAUCAAGAUCCGCCAGGAAGGGACCAAACAUUUUCUUCUUAUGUGCAACGUGCGAGCUGAGGACUCUGGAGAGAUCAAAUUUGUCGCCAGACAUGUUGAAUCAGUCGCUUACCUGGAGGUGGAAGAGCUUCCUGUCAACAUCGUAAAACCCCUGCAGGAUAAGACCGUCCUCGAGAAGACCCGCGUGAUCCUGGACUGCACAGUGUCUAACCCCAGAUGUAGCAUCCGCUGGUACAAAGGCAGCAAUGUCAUACUGCCCUCAGAGCGCUUUGAGAUCUGCAGUGAGGGCUGUUAUCGCAAGCUCAUCAUCCAGCAGGUGGCGCUAGAUGAUGAGGGCAUGUACAGUGUCCAGGUUGGAGAGUACACCUGCUCUGCAAAGCUGACAGUGGAGGCCCAGUCUUUGUUGAUGAUCAGAGAGCUGAGCGAUGUGGAGGUCACGGCCCCCGAUGAAGCCUGCUUUGAGUGUGAGGUGUCCGUCCCCGUCCCCAAAGCUCCUAUGUGGAGUCUGAACGGGGAGCCCUUACAGCCGAGCUCUCGGGUUCGCCUGGAGAAGAUGGGCACAGUGCACAGGCUAACGCUCAGACAGACCUCCCCGGACAUGAGUGGAGUGGUGGAGUUCACCUCUGGGAAAGCCAAGAGCAGAGCCCAGCUCCGGGUGCUCAGUGAUCCCUGAGCGACAUCUCCUGCCUGUCGUCACCCGGUCGAUACGGAUCGAUUGUUAUUUUAACGCUUUCAGGUUGUAACAUUGACGUUGCUUAUAUAUAUAUUUAUAUAUAUAUUUACAUACAGUCUAUAAAACAGGUUGAAACGGGGUUGUGAUGGAUUUUCAGUUAAUUCAAGGAGUGGAGUUUCUGUUCGUGUAAAAUGUUGCCAUAGUGUGUGAAGAAAUUUCAAGGCAGUUCCUUUAUCAUAACACAACUUGCAGUUUGGACUGUAAAUAAUGUCAGUGUGAGUGUCAGUGUUUUGACUGAUAACAGUUUUGGUUCUUUGUAGAACUUUUUGAUACAUAUCUUCAACCAGAGCUGAUUUACACCCAGUGUCAUGUUCCCAUAUAUCAGAGCAUGGUUUUGUGUGGCUGUUGUGACAGUGGUUUAGAAAGCAGAGGAGACACGUUAGCUUACCACCUGACUCCCCCUCAUAUCCAUAACAAACUUUAAGUUUUAGUUCAUUCACUUUCACAUUUAAUGUCUGUUUUCUCUGUUUGUCCGUUGUAUAGAAAUAAUUUUUUAUGUUUUGAUGAAACGUUUGAAUGAAUAAAAAGUGGCUUGUGAUGUAAA